AUUUUGCUCAUUUGCCUUUUCCUCCCGCAUCAGUUCAGAGUCCAGGAGAUGCUUCCCCAGCCCCAAGGGCAGUCGGGCCCACAGUGGGCCUCCAGAGAGGUUUGUGGGAUGCAGACAAGACUGCCCAGGCCACCAUGGGCUGGCAUCCCAGAACUCAAAAGAUGACUGUGCCCCACAAGGGAAUUCAAAGUGAAAACAUCAAACACGAAAAUAAGCUUAGCCCUCUUUCCUCCACGUGCUUCUUUGAAAUAACAAACAGAAAUGUAACAAUUAUCCUUCAUUUUUUGUGAGUUCUACUUUCUUAGCUGCUGCUUGGCUCAUCACUGUUGGGUAAUCCAGAAGAGAGUGACAUCACCAGUGGCCAUACAUCAUGACAUCUGGCUUGUGUCAUCAUCUACCUUAAACCUGAGACACCACCUAUGAUUGCCUGGAGACAUCACCAGCCUGACCAGUUACAUCCUUACAUUCCAUACCAUGACAUCAUCCUGCCUGUGAUGACGUCACUAUCUGCUCUGCGGCAUCUCUUUCAUUGGCCCUGUGAUGCCACCCUGCCUUCCUCACGACCUUGGCCAGCCAGCCUCUCUCCUGUCCAGCGGCUGUUGUUCCAUGUCCACUGUGUCCUCGGCAUCGUGCAGGUGCUGCUGGCGGCGAGGGUCAGAUCCGCAGGCCGCGCGGAGGUCCAAGGCCCCGGCGGAUUUGCGGAAGGCGGAGGCUCGCCUGUUCUUCGUGAGGGCAUAAGUGCCCCUCGCGAAUUUUCCUUUCAGAUUUCCCGCGGUCCCCGCUCGGCCUGAAGGUGAGCCUCGCGCCUCCGGCCUCCCGGAGAGGCCCCCUCCCGGCGCAUCGCUCGGAACGGGGGACCGGGGCGCGGCGAUUUUCCCGCCUACCCGGCGUAGUCCGAGGCAGACGCGGGCGGGGUGCCCCGGCUCGCCUUUGUCGCCAGCGGGGUCUGUGGGCCGGGAGCUGACUCGUGACUGACAGCCGGCGGGGGCAGCGGCCGGGGGCGGGCUGCCCGGCGCCGGCGGCUCAUUGGCUGGCGCGAGUGUGGGAAAGAACGCGGAGAGGGAUUCCCACGCCCCGCAGCCGCGCUGCCUUAAAUAGCCGGGCUGCUGCAGACACGCGCUUGGUAGCUGAGCCUGGGACCCGCAGAAGGGCCUGGGAAACCGCGCGCCCAGCCUACCCUCGGCUGGGGGCGGCGAGGGGGCGCACCAUGCCUGCGGACACCCCGGGGAAGCUGAGGGCCUCGCCGCGGGCGGGAGCGCCGGCCGGCGCCAGCCGGACCCCAGACCAGCCCCGGAGCGUGGCCGAGCACCGGAAGUCCUCCAAGCCCGUCAUGGAGAAGCGGCGCCGAGCGCGCAUCAACGAGAGUCUGGCUCAGCUGCAGAGCCUCCUCCUGGACGCCCUCAGGAAAGAGAGCUCCCGCCGCUCGAAGCUGGAGAAGGCGGACAUCCUGGAGCUGACCGUGAGGCACCUGCAGAGCCUGCGGCGCGUGCAGGUGACAGCUGCCCUCCGCUCGGACCCCGCCAUCCUGGGCAAGUAUCGCGCCGGCUUCCAUGAGUGUCUGGCCGAAGUGAAUCGCUUCCUGGCUGGCUGCGAGGGCGUCCCUGCGGACGUGCGGUCUCGUCUGCUCGGCCAUCUGGCAGCCUGCCUGGCCCGGCUGGGGCCCGCGCGCCGCCCGCUUCCACUGGCCCCAGCCACCGAAGCCCUGGAGCCCGAGAUCUACGCGGGCCGCCCGCCGCCACCAGCGUUUGACGGCCCUUGCCCCUUGCCGCGCCCCGGGGCGGCCUUGGCACCCAUCUUCCUGCCGAGGUUGGUCCUCGCCGCCCCCGGGGCCGGGGCCCAGGGCCAGGGCGCGCCCUGGAGGCCGUGGCUGCGGUGAGGCCGCGGCCCUAGAACCGACUGAGACUCUGCCAGAAAAUGGUUAUUUCCAGAGACCGUGUGGGGAAUUUUGUUUUGUCUUCUUUGUGAAGGGUUCAGUUUGGCCGAGGCCCAGCGGCAGAGUCGGUUGAUGUCUUCUCAUGAACGGGCGGGCCGGGCCAGGCCGGGCCGUGGGGAUUUAUUCAGCUCCCACCUGGGCCGGCCGGUGCGCCACGAGGGCUAUCGCCCGGCCUUGAGUUUGGCUGUGUCCCUCUGCGCUGAAGCCGACCGCCUCGAGGGAGGAGGGUGUGUGUGAGAUGUCCUGGGGGGCUCAGGCAGGACUGGAACAGUUACCACUUUCCCAGAGCGUCUCUGUGCUGAGAAGAGGUCGUGCAUCAUCCUGGGGCACAGAUCUCUUCCCGCAACCUCUCUUGAGGCCCCUAGAAGGCAGAGACGUGUUGUCUCAGGGGCUGAGCUGGGCUGAAGCUUGGGUUCUGACCUGGUGCACGGCCUGCCUUUUCCCGGGGAAGCACAGAAAUACCCUUGCGCACCUGCGGGUCAAGCCUGCCCCAAGCCAGUGUCUGCCUAGCAGAUGGGGUCAGCAGGAGAGGGCAUCUGAGUCCUAGAGGCAGGGCCCUCGACCGGCCUGACAAAGGGCCCUUUGUAUUGGAGCUCACCUCCCGCCAGAGUCCAGUCCUCCCCUGAGAGGGGAGUCCCCCGACAGUAGGAAGGAACUGGGGGUUCAUUGGCAGGCCUAUGCUCCUGUCUUGACACUGGCUGUGUGCUGACCCCACAAUACAGUGAUCCUAGCUGGCGUGGGGCAUUGGCAGGGAAGCCACUGUCCUGUGGUCCCAGGUCUCCUCAGGCUGCUGCUGGGGGCUGUGCUCCAGGGCCAGUGAGGAGGUGGUUGAGUCAUGUGGCUCACACUGCAGUGUCUCAUCCUGAGCCCUCUGAGGUCAAGGCAAGAUGGGUUUCCCAUCCACAGCCAAUUUCAUCAGAUGGUUGCCAGCCACCUGCCUGGCCAGGGAGCAUCAGGGAAGAGGAGGAUGAGUCACUGCUAGAGGCUUAUCUCCUCCUCCAAUGGCCCCAACAGUUCCUGAGCAAGGUUCAUCUGCCCUCCAGGACUCAGCUGUGCACACCAAGCAGGGCCCUCCAAGUCCCGCCAAGCCAGUCCCCUCCUGCUCUCUGACUGCCUGGCCCAUCUCCCUGGGUGUCCAGGGUCUGGGCCAGUGGUUUGAGGCAAUGGCAGCCAUGUGGGCCAGGAGCUGCACUGGGUCACCAGCAGGACUAUGGGGGAGUUACUGCUGACCAGCCUCGGAGGACCUCCCAGCAGAAGAGUUGCAGAGGGUCCAUUUCAAGAGCCAGAAGUUCAGCUUGUUUGGGGAAGGGGAGCUGUUUGGGGUGGAGGCUCAGUGCAGGAGGGGAAGGCAAGGGAUGUUGGGAUAUGAAGCCAGGUGGUUGGGUGGGUAGAGGGGUGGACAAGGCCUCCUCAGAGCUGGGUUCCAUGUGGCCUGAAGGAAUAAAAGGGAGCUCCCCCACCUGGUGGCCAGAGGGAGGAGGGCUGCCCAGGAAGGUCACCUGGAGCUUGGGUCAUCACUCCUCAGGGAGAGGGCAAUCACAGUGUCAAACCAGAUCCCCCUGUUCCUGGGCUGUGCUUCCUUUUACUUCCUUACUUCCUAUUCCUGGUCAUCUGUCCUCAAGACGCUGUCGCCAAAGAGGUGUUUGUGCUGAGGCCCCUGUCAGCCCUCCAGGGACCUCUCCGGCUCUGAGGGAACCACACUGUUGCUCAGACAG